AUGAAUAAAUCUCUGUCAGCAUUUGACCUAUCGCAACACUCCCAGUCUAGCAAUGACAGCUGCCUGCUAACAUCGCAUGCUGUGUGGGACCUAACGAGCAUCUUCACCCUGUUCCAGUUUUUCAUAACCUUAACUGUCAAUACCGCUGUCCUUCUUGUUUUUGCAGUGCGACGCUCAUUGUGGACGCCGUUUAAUGUAUACCUCUUCAACCUGCUGGUGGCCAACGUGCUGUACUGCUUAACCAGCAACAUCUUCGAUGUCCUGCACGCAUUUUAUCCUGUCUUUUGUUUUGGACGGGCGCUGUGCAAUUUGAACAUGUACGGUAUGUGGGUGGUGACCUUGGUGCAGAUGCUUUCGCAUCCGUUGAUCGCGCUGAAUCGUCUGUGGGCGCUGUGGCUGCCCAUUUCCUAUCACAACCAUUUGACCAUUAGAACGGCGGUCGGGUUAAGCGGCAUCGUCUGGCUAAUUGCACACUGUGUUGCUCUGCCCGGACUGAUCAUGGAUAUUGCGUUUUACCGGCAAGCGGAAGACCAGUUUGGUUGCAAUAUUAAUUUUGAUGCCAGUCGCGGGCAGAAAACUUGGUUAAUAUUGAUACAGUUCUUCAGUAUGAUGUGCCUGCUAAUUGUGUUGGCUGCGUAUCCGUUGAUCUACCACAAGGAACGACACCGAAAAAAGGUCAGAUCAACGAAACCCACAGCAACACCGGCAACCGAGGUCUCGACGAACCCGGUUAAGCGAAUGUCCAAAGAAAUCGCCGUUACGCUUUCUCUACACCAUAAUCCGCGGCGUUCUCGAGCGUUUUUAUUGCUGACGGUUUUAACCAUCAGUGUCUUCAUCAACUGGACAACCGGGGUGUUCUACUACUUCUCGCAACCGUUCACCGGCUACAGUAAUCCGAUUCUGGAUAGUGUAACGCAGUACACCUUCACCAUCCAAGUGGUCGCUGACCCGGUGUUAUUUGCGCUGGCGCUGAAAUCUGUGCGCACCGCUAUCAUUGAUAUUGUUUGUUCCUGUCGAGCUUGA